CCCUGAGGGGCGGCGCUGCAAUGGGCUCUGUGGUUUCCCUCUCUGCCAACAACUCAGCCCCACAGCAGAGGAAGAGGAAGGCUGAGGGUGCUGAGGAGGAGGAGGAGGAGGAUUUGCUCGACAGCCAGGGCCGUGUGGAUGACAUCGCCAAGUUCCCCUACGUGGAGUUCACAGGCCAGGACAGCAUCACCUGUCCCACCUGCCAAGGCACUGGCUGCAUCCCCAGAGAGCAGGUGAAUGAGUUGGUGGCUCUGAUCCCCUACAGCGACCAACGGCUUCGUCCACAGAGAACGAAGCUCUAUGUGCUGCUCUCAGUGCUGCUCUGCCUGCUGGUAUCAGGGCUGGUGGUUUUCUUCCUCUUCCCACACUCUGUCUUGGUGGAGGAUGAUGGGAUUAAAGUGGUUCAGGUUUGGUUUGACAAGAAGAACUCCGUGGUCAUUCUUGCAGUCACGGCCACUCUAUGCAUCAGGAACUCCAACUUCUACUCGGUGACAGUGACCAGCCUGACGAGUCAGGUGCAGUACAUGAACACUGUGGUGGGAACCCAGCAGAUCACCAAUGUCUCCAGCAUCCAGCCCCUGAGUGACAAACUGGUGAAUUUCACUGUCAAGGCAGAGCUGGGUGGAUCCUUCUCCUAUGUGUAUUUCUUUUGCACAUUUCCCAAGGUGAAGGUUCAUAACAUUGUGAUCCUCAUGAGGACAACAGUGAAGUUCUCCUACAUCAGGCACGUGGCACAGAGCUCCCUGGAGACCCACCACUACGUGGACUGCAGCACCAACUCCACCGUGCUCCAGCCCCCACCAGCCCCUUCAAGAGGUGCAGCCAAAGCCCAGAGUCACCUCUGAGGGCCCAGCAGGUGCUUUCCAGGUUUCAAGAAAGAACCAGGGCCCUCCAACUAGAUUUAUUUGGUAGGCAAACAGGGCUUUGAAGCUUCAUGCUUCAGAGUCUGAAGCUCCCAAAGGCUCAGAGUUGGCUUUUAGCACCACGUGGGGCCCUUUCAGGGGGUUUUAAUUAGCUCUGUGCAAUUCACUUAUCCCUGGCUUGUUUCAAAGCACAUCUUGAUGAAAGAAACGGAGGGUUGUUGUGGUGAAGAACAGGGAGAUGAAGCUUCAACCCCUCCAACUUGCACUAGGAGGAGGCAAAGGGAUGGAAACCUUCGAGCCACGCUUUGUGGCACAGGGUUUGAUUUGCUGGCAGCUGAGGCCCCCUACAGCCAAGUGCUACCAAAACACCAGCCCCUGCCUAACGGCGGCCUCGGGAACUGCAGUUAAACCUUCCCCCUCCUCCUCCAGACACAGCUCUUGCACCUUCCUCACCUCACACUUUGGCAGCCGCGGGGUCUUGGGGAAGGGGGUUGAAAGCAAAGCCGUUCAGGCAAAGCCUCACCCUGCUGGGUGUGCUUCCAGGGCUUUACUUGCACCUUGCAGAGGUUCAUCCUGCCCUGUGCAGCUGGCUUGGGGAGCUCAGAGGUUUCAUUCUGCCCCUUCCCCUUGCAGCUUUGCUCUGGCAGUCUCACAGGGUGGGAGCUGAGCUCAGCUCAGGGAAAGGGCUCAGGGGGAGUUUUUGAGGAAGGGUGUUUGAUUUCUUUGGUGCCAGUGGGAAAUAAACACACCUUCUCUAUUGGUUGUUGCUUAAGAAGUGAUGCUUGUGGCCUUUCUAGGAGGGAACUGGACUUAUCAAAGCCUUGUCCUGUGUUACUGUGUGCUCCCCUUUGCUUGGGGGAGAGCAAAGCUUGUGCCAUCACUACACUCCUGUCAUCUUUCACCCAGAGCUCCUUCAUCCCUUGCUGAUGCUCCUUGUGGGGGAAUGAGGGCCAAGAAGUCUCCAGGAGGGAGGGAGCAGUGAGGCACCUGCAGCUCCUCCCCACCCCCCAGGGGCAGCUGAUGCUGGUGAACAUCACCCUGUGGAGUCCCAGGUAAAGUCAAAGCCACAGGACUCCUGUCACCUGGGGCUGAGUCAAACCACCUUCUUCUGAAGGCAGAGGAGGAAACAGCCAACUCUGCUCUUUCUCCAUCCCCUUUCCUGAGCCCUGGCCCUCAGCAGCCUGCUGGGGCUCACUUUCUGCCUGAUUUCAUUUCUCCUCGUGGGCUGAUGCAGUUUCCAGCUCCCCAACUUGCUUUUCCUCUCCCCUUUCACCCCCUGUGGCCCCACAGACAAGCCCUACAGCCAGGGGGCUGCUUUGAACAGGGUCAUUUGGGGAGGGAGCUCACAGCAUUGCCCACCUCAGGAACUCCAAACCUGCUGCUUGGCUCCCCAGGAGACACAGCUUUGACCCUGGAUGUGUUGUGUGCCAACCAGAGCACUAAUGAUGAGAGGCUGCCCCCUGGCUCAUGUGACAAAGCACUUUUGGGCCUUUAAAGGGUGGGUUGUUUCCAAAAUCCUCCUUAAUCCUUCAAUCCUUUUUAAUGAAUUUCCUCUGCCAAGGUCUUUUUGCAGCCUGGGGUCCAUCAGCAGGAGCAGUUGCUGCUCUGGAGCCAGCUGGGAGGGUUUAAAACUGAAGACAAGGGCCCCCAAAGUAACAUUCUUUAAAGGUUUGGGGGUUGGUUUUAAUCCUUUCAAGUCGUUAAUUGCCCUUAAUGAAGAGCUGAGGUGCCAGUGGUGGGAUGCAAAAAGCCCCAGAGCUCUGGAACAAAACCACUGUCAGGAAACACAAACCCCCUGGGUCAGGGGCUGCCUGCCCCAUCCUGCACCUAAAGCUCAAACACCUUUGGAGCCCUUGGUCAGGGGCCUCAUUUUCUUUAAGGCAGUUAACCCCCCCCCAGCUCCUGAGGUUCUUCCUCUAAUUAGAAGCCUGAUUAAGAGAACUGACAUCAUUAGUGUGAAAGUACAGAGGUGCAGCUCCAUGUUGCCAUCUCCCUCCUCCCCCUGUUGCUGAAGUGAUCCCCACAGGCCAUUGUUCUGGGCUGGGGGAAGGGUCAGAGGGGUUCCCUCAGCCCAUGACCACCCUGAUUCCCAUAAGCCUUGGGCUCAGGAUCCUCUUUCCUCACUGGUUUUACUGGUUGCCUUUAACUGGUGGCCCUCCCUGCUUUCCUUUACCCUCUCUUGGCUCUUUUUCCCUUGAUUUGCCCUGUUAGGGGUUUAUUUCUUGGUGCUCUUUAGCUCCCCUUAGGCUGAGCUACCCAAACCCUCCAGCUCUAACCCAAACCUUUCCACCAAUGCUGGGAAAAGAGGAAGACAAAGGUAUUAAACCACCACCAACCCUCCCCCCAAAGCCCCAAAUCACGGCUCCAGCUACUUUCCACCACAAAAAAGGGCUUUUUUUUUUUCUCUUCUCUUUUAUAAUCAA